AUGUUGGCAACAUUCGAACAUGAAAUCCCGUACAAGUCUCUGCCUAUCAACUUCCAAGAUGCCAUAUCCAUAACACGACGCCUCGGGUUCCAAUACUUGUGGAUCGACUGCUUGUGCAUACUUCAAGACUCAAAACGAGACUGGGAGCAAGAGUCUACGAAGAUGGGCCUUGUGUACCGCAAUUCGACCGUCACAAUAUCCGCCAUAUCAUCGCCGGGAAGCACUCAUGGGAUUCUGAAAGACGCCCCAAACGCAGCUCCUAACCCAAAGCCGACAGUCAUGAGAGUUUUUGAAGGCGAUGGGCAACAUGUUGAAAUCAUGGUCGAAAGGCAAGAUGUUGAAGAAGAAGACAUGCGUGGCCUACAACUGCAAGGCCCUCUAGAGAAGCGCGGAUGGACGCUGCAAGAGUCGAGACUUUCACCGCGACACCUGUACUACGGAACCCGCCAAAUAUAUUGGAGGUGCCCUCAGGGAUACGAGUCUGCCGACGACACUCCUCUUGGGAACAAAUUCCCUGAAGAUACAUACGACCAACUAUCGCCUGUUCUCUACUCAGACAUCUUGCGUCAACCACGCUCCGAAGCCUGCGAUGUUGGCGCUCUUCUGCUGGAUUACUAUAGCUUGGUGAACGAGUAUUCGCACCGGAAGCUGACUUUCGAUUCCGACAAGCUCCCGGCGUUUUCGGGUUUGGCCCAACGCCUGCAUCCCGCGCUGGGUGGCGACUAUCUCGCUGGUCUUUGGAGUUCUGAUCUCAACAACGGUCUACUGUGGUAUAACGAGAUGAGGACAUGCAGGCAUGUCCGGUCAUAUCGUGCGCCCUCCUGGUCCUGGGCGGUAACCAACGAGCCCGUCAUCACACCAACGAGCUUGACGCAACCCGGUCCUUUGGAUUUACAACUUGUUGAACAUGACAUUAUCCCUCAGGAUAGAGGCAACCCAUACGGACAGAUUGUGUCCGGUCAUCUCAUCGUGAGUGCCCUUGUCAUGCCGCUGGCUCGUAGUAAGCAGGUCGUCGAUUCAUACCUGGCCGAUGACACAAUGGGACUUGUCCAUUUUGACGAGCCAAAGGAGGAGGGAGAAGCCGCGUCAGGAGGAUACAGUUUGUCGCUGGUCAAUUCUGACGAGGGCAUGUACUUUUUAUCCAUCCUAUUCAGGUUUGGACGCUGCAGCGUGUGGGAAAUCGAUUUUGAAUCCUACUACCCAGAAAAAUAUACCGCACUGAUUGUUCAUGUAUCGGAGUCUAGCCUACAGGGGUUGGUGUUGCGUCGGGUGUCUGAUCGCUCCGACGGCGCAUAUGAGAGGGUUGGAUAUUUCGAGACCUUCGCAGGAGAAGCCGAAGGCCUCUUGAAAUAUGUCCAAGGGCUAAAACGUCAAACGUUGAAACUAGUCUAA